UUUUGGAAGUAGCGUGCGGGUCAGUGUGGUCUUUGUGAGAUUCCGUAAUGGUGUACCGUGGCCAGGGCCAGAAAGUGCAGAAAGUGAUGGUGCAGCCCAUCAACCUCAUCUUCAGAUACUUACAAAAUAGAUCCUGGAUCCAAGUGUGGCUCUCUGAGCAAGUGAAUAUGCUGAUAGAGGGCUGUAUCAUUGGAUUUGAUGAGUAUAUGAACCUUGUAUUAGAUGAUGCAGAAGAGAUUCAUUCUAAAACAAAGUCAAGAAAACAACUGGGUUGGAUCAUGCUAAAAGGAGAUAAUAUUACUCUGCUACAAAGUGUCUCCAACUAGAAACGAUCAAUGAAGUGAGAAAUUGUUGAGAUGGCAAUACAGUUUUUUUAGGUGUACUUUGUUGGGAGUAUAGGUCUAAAACAUUUGUUCAUAUUGUUUUGAUUACCCUUAUGUUAUUUCAAAAUGACAAUAAAUGCUGCAGGAUUGUUUUUAUUAAAAAAUUUAUGUUGCUUCUU